AUGAAGACCUCAUUGUUGUACAGAUCUCCAACCCAGAUCGGAAUCGCUGCCCACCGAUGUUUCCAGUCCACCGUAGCACGCAAUCACAGUGAAAUUUCCACCCUGUUUCGUCCUUCCAAGUUCCAUCCGGCAGGUGACCUCCUCAGAGCUGUCGACCUCGAGAACAGCAACCUCUCGCUCCAACGCCUGACUCUAGCCUCUAAUUCAAUCCGCGCGCCCAACUGGACUGUAAACGCUGCCACCAUCACCUAUUGCAUCAAGGGCACGCUCCUCGUUUCAAUACUCGACACGAACAAUGUCUUCGCCGCCUUCAAUGUUGAACCCGGGCAAAUGUUUAGUGUCGCCUCUGGCUCCAUUUACUACAUCGAGAACGUUGGUGCUGACCCAGCAGAACUGAUCACCUGUUUCCGGCACCCGCAGCCGCAGGAAUUCUCUUUCUGGGCCGCCAUGGGUGCAAUGACGCCGGCCGUCCUGGGCAACACCUUCUCCGAGUCCGCAAGCGCAUUUUCCAAAAUCCACUUCGACACCAAACCCCAAUACAUCAUACAACGCGCCAAGGGCAGUGGUUCAGAUAUCUCCUCUACCGCUGGCCUUCCAGACCCCCAUAAACUCGACAUUGAGGCUCAAAACCCGCCUAUCGAUUUGCCUUAUGGGAGCGCGAAACUUGCUCGCGCCCAGUUCUGGCCCGCGCUGCGUGAAGUCAAUCUGUCCAUGUACUCCUUGCGCGUAGCAGCUUCUGGCAUGCGCGAAGCGCACUGGCAUCCCGAGACGACUGAGAUGGGGUACGUCGCCUCGGGCCAGGCAAGAAUGUCCAUCCUGUCGCCAGAUGGCGACGUGGUCACGUACUACUUGCAGCAAGGGGAUUGCUACGUCGUGCCUGUUGCAUAUCCGCACCAGAUCGAGGAUCUCGGGGAGGGAGGAUUCAAUUUUCUGGUGUUCUUCGAUCAGGCCACCCCAGAGGACAUUGGGUAUCGUAAGACGGGGAGUGCGUUUUCGAGGGUUAUGCCCGCGGUUUUGGGCGUUGAGCCGGGCGCGGAGCCAGCGUUUCCCUCCACGCCCAUCGAUCCGCUGAUUGUGAAAAAGGUAAAUCCGACAGAUCCCGUGAAAUGA